AUUCUGAUUUGCCAAAAUUUUAAGAAUCGCAAAACCAUUUCAAGUCACUUGCAACAAAAACUGUAUAGUGUUGGGCUGUACGAAAUUUCAAUAUGUUCUACUACAUUUUAUUAUAAUGGUUUAGGUGCGUUCAAUGGAGAAGCAACGCUUAUGGAUCAGGUACUGUCGGGAUAUAAUCCAGCUGCUAGACCUAGAACUAACGCUGCAGAAUCAGUUAUGGUCGAUGUAGGAUUCUACUUAACUCGUCUUGAUCAUACGGAUUUGCGGAAUAAUAAAAUGAUAACAACGGGUUGGCUUGUUGUGAGAUGGAAUGACGAUUUUCUAAGAUGGAACCCAAUAGAUUACAACAAUAUAAGUAAAAUAAUAGUCCCUACAGCUAAAGUUUGGAAGCCAGACCUUGCUUUAGAUAACAGUGCUGACGAUUUGUACACUUCCAUAUACAACAGUGCAUUCCAAGUUGUGAUAUACAGCAAUGGGUCGAUGAUGUGGGAGCCAGGUGGUUCAUUCAGCACUGUAUGUUAUUUUGAUAUUAGGUCGUACCCUUUUGAUCAUCAAACAUGUGAGAUCAUCUUUACUAGCUGGCAUUACACCUUAGAUAUGUUAAACUUGACAUGUAGUGGAAACAUCAACACAGAUACAUUUUGGCGAAAUGGAGAAUGGGAAAUAGAGUAUACCAAGCUGUUAAGACGAGAAUGGUCAGCUGGAGGGAAUACACUGGAGGAUAUAUAUCCAGAGAUUGUCAUCCAGAUUCACAUGCGGCGGAAGAUACUGUAUUACAUCAUCAACAUUGUAUUACCAUGUUUCUUCAUGUCACUCUUGGUAUUAAUGGUGUUCCACUUACCACCGGAUGCUGGUGAAAAAGUUUCACUUGGCGUUACGGUGCUGCUGGCAUUUUCGGUGUUUCAGUUGAUGAUUGCUGAGAGUGUUCCAUCUACAUCUGAUGCUACGCCAAUGCUUGAAAUAUAUUUGCUGUUCUUUAUGGCUGAAUCAACGUUUUCUGUUGCCGUUUCAGUUCUUGUACUGAAUCUUCAUCUCAGAACUGAAUAUAAACCUCCUCCUGAUUGGUUGAGAAAACUUGUUUUACAUUGGAUGGCGAAAAUGUUAUUCAUGAAUGUCAGUGAAACAAACAAAGUAGUUCCAGAAAACAAAGAUUCAACCUAUUCUAAAGAUUUUGCUUCUAGUUCAAUGCCUGAAGUCCACAUUGACAGGAAAGAAAGUAAGAUAAUUAGAAACUUUCGCACGGACCAUACACACGAUCUGCAUCCGCAUGAACUGCAAACGCAUGAACUGCACCCGCAUGAUCUGCAUCCGCAUGAACUUCAUCCGCCAUCGACUAUACCGCCCAACAUUAAUAUUGAAGAGUCACAUUCCUCUGAAUUUGGAGUGAAAGAGCAUUCAAGUUCACAUUUUCAUACAGUGCAUUCCCCGGUAUCUACUAAGGUACAUUUCGAUGACCAUUCAAAUAUUUCCCCUCAAGUUGAAAAGUCGGCUAUAAAAGUUAUGAAAAGUCUUGCCAAUUUAAACCAUGUACCUAAGAACCAGUCUCGCAUAGAAUUCAUGAACCUGAUAAAAGAUACUUACAGAGAUUUGUGUCAGCAACGUGCAGACGAUGAACUUGAACUGUUAUUUGAAAAUGAAUGGAAGAGGAUAGCCAGGGUUGUCGAUCGGUUCUUCUUUCUUAUAACAAGCACCUUUAUAGUUAUAUCGUCUAUAGCAAUUUUUGCUGUAAUACCAUACGGUCAUACUGAUUAAUAAAUAGAUUUUUGAGUUGUAA